AUGCCUGCGAAAAGAAAGUACGCCAAGAGGAUAUCAACUAGCCAAAGGGCUACUGCUAAGGACUCUCAGACUCAGGAAGUUCACACCGAGGCUCAGGGGCUAGCAUCGGAUGCAGUGGCCCCCACCGCACCCCAGCUACAGAAAGGCCUACCGAGCGUAGGUGCUAGUGGAGGGUCGAACAGCUGCAAGACCAAGGAAUUUCUGAAUAUGAAGCCUCCAGUAUUCACAGAGUCUAUUAGGGCGGAGGAUUCUCAAAAUUUCAUGGAUGGGCUUCAGAAAGUCUUUCAUGUUAUGCAUGCUACUGAGACAGAGGCAUGGGAACCGUUCCGUGGGGAAGAUGCGUCUCCAGUAACUUGGGACGAGUUUGUAGAUGCCUUCAUUGAUCACUUUCAGCCACUUGAGGUCAGAGAGGAAAAGGCCUAUGAAUUUGAGAGGCUCAGGCAGAAUGAUAUGAGCGUGAAUGACUAUUACCUCAAGUUUGUUUCUUUGGCCAAGUAUGCUCCUCAUAUUAUCCCUGAUAGGAGGGCCAGAGUUAGGCAAUUUGUGUUGGGCCUUAUACCAGACUUGCAUGGUGAUGUAAAUGUUGUUGCUCAGAAUAGAGAAAUGACUAUAACCAAGAUGGGCCAUUUUCAGAGGGACUAUCCAUCAGCGAGACAAGGUAUCAGAGGUAAUGUGGCUUGGUCCACAAAUUCAGCAGCUCCUAAAAAUUCUCAGGCCCAAUCAGGGCAGGGUGCUGCUAAGUCUGGCAAUGUAAGUGGAGUUCAAAAUCACUUGUAUGCUUUAGCAGGUCGUCAGGAUACAGAGGCACGUACAGAUGUUUUCAUAGGUGCAUUGACAGUUUUCACUUUCUACGUUUAUGCCUUAUUGACCCAGGAUCCAACUUAUCUUAUGUAA